AUGGCGCUCAAUCGUCUCCAAGUCAUAAUACUGCAAAUAUACGCAAUAUCAAAGAGCAGCUGUAUCAACCCUAAACUGCUCUUUCCCUUUGUUCGACUUUGCCGAAGAACGGCAGCUCUCAGUAUCAACCCUAAAAUCGAUCUCAGUCUCUCCCUCUCGUUCUGCUCUGUUCGAUCCCUCUCGUUCUGCUCUGUUCGACUUCGGCGAAGAACGGCACCUCAGGCAGUACGUUCUGCUCUGUUCGACUUCGGCGAAGAACGGCAGCACGAAAUAUGGAGAGUUCAAGAGAUUUGGCGGUGGGGACAGUGGCUGUGGGUGCAUCGUGUUGCUAAGUCUGUCUCUCGUCAACGUGAGAUUGAGAGGCGGAGAAUGAGGGAUCAGUUGGAAGAUCGGCUACAAAGAGCAAUUAGGAGACAAAGAGCCGAGUAUUUAAGGCAGAGAGGAAGGCUUCUUUUUGAAGACGAGACCUUCCUUGCAUUACUCUCUUAGAAACAUCAACAAAAGAAUCAUAGUCAUAAUCCCAAAACCCUUUUGAUGAUUCUCUCUCUGUUUUCUUCUCCUUAGCCGCGAAUUUACCCAUUUUCCUAGCGAACAGACUCAUGAAACCCUUCUCAAACAACCCAUCCUUGUAUUUUGUUUUCUCACCGAACGGAGCCGGCUUCCCCGACGGCUCGGCUAUCCCACACCGCGCCACUCCCAAGCCGUAAUGGGUUUUGGUUUUGGGAAGCUGAGGGGAAUGAAAGUGAAGGGGUUGGAAGCUUAGAACAACCACCAUACUGGAAAAUGGGUAUGGUGAAUAGUGAACAAUGAAUGAAUCUUCAGAGGAAAGAGCUUAAUUCUUCAAUUAUUUCUUCCUCCUUGUAAAGUAUAGAUCCG